UCAGUAUAAUUUGAUUUUGCCAGUCUUUUUGAAGCCGGUUGGCUUAAGCUGGCUGGGAAAACAGAGCGUGUUUUGUUAGCAUUCAGAUGAAAAGUGGGAGGCAGCUACGAAGCCUCGAGCGAACAAAAGAAUCAAAAUGUUUUCCUUGUUUUGUGCCUCUUUUUGAACUUGAUUAUAAGACCCUGUUCAACACGUGGGCAGCUAUUCAUUGUAUUAGAUCGAUAUCUAGUUGGCCUUGUUUGAAAACAGGUGUUUUGAUUGCAUUGAAGUAGCGGCUGUUUGGGAAUGAAAGGGAAUAUGGAAAAAGGGGAGGGGAGAUAUGUUUGUUUAUGACUACUCUCCAAACAGUUGUAGUGAGGACCUUAUUUAGAAGUCGGAACAGAACACACAAAACAGAUGAUGUUUUUGCUUUCAUCGUCACAAGAGAAGAAAAGGAAAGAGAGUGAGAGAGAGUAAAUACAAUACACUGUAGAGGUGGUUCCUUACCAGCUACCAAGUUAAACACUAUUUGCAGCUGUAGUCAGUCGAUCAGAGGCUAGGCGGCUAUUCUGACCAGCACACCUGAGCUGUUGUGACAGAUUGCUUUGAAGUUGUCGGCUAGUCGCUGUUAAAGUCACUCUUGUACGUGUGUUAUUGUUCCCUUUGAGAAGAAAGAAAUACGAUAAACAAUCGAGCGCCAAUUAGAUCCGGCGAGUUAGUUGUAGUGCCAAAAGCAGUCCAGUCUUACCAAAGUUUGUUGCAGUCGUACCAAAGCGAAAGCGGCUAUCAGUCGGGUAAUAAACACCGCCGAUCAAACUUUUCUCUCUUUUUUACUCAUUGUCGCCACUCAAAAACUCAUUCAGAUCUCAAACAUUGCACUCAACUUUGAACCACUCAGCGCGUAAUCGCAAAUUUACCAUAAAUUUUUGCAAAUUCUCCAGACAUUUUUCGCGCCGAAAAGUACAAACAACGUUCUAAAUCGAACUGUCACGCAAGAUAAAUCAAUAGCCUCUUUUAAGACAGCAGAAAACAAAAACGAAAACACAAAAUCUUGUGCUUGACGAGGAUACUCAAAGUUAGUCGUUGCUUGAAGUGCCUUGAAAUUGGAAAAAUCGAACAUUAUCAUAUUUCGUACAUAAAUUGACCUUUGCUCGAUUUCUAUCUUAAAUUAGUGCACUGCGCGUGAAAAGAGAUUUUCUAAUUAGAUCCAUUUCUGUUCAUACUGAAAAGUUAUCAUUUACUUCUUAUCAAUGGGCUUGAUAACUCGACUUCUGGUUGUGAUGCUGUUGGCUAUUGGGCUGUGGAAAGGGUGUGUGGAGGGGGGCAAAGGGAAGAAGAGGAAUAAACUUCAGGCUCUAAUUGACGAGAUCACUGACUGCGACAAAGAGUGUGGGGGAGUGAUGCCUCCUCUUCUGAAGUUGAGACAGACAUCACACCCCCGAGCUAUAUGCAACGACGGGUCUAGGGCUUCUUACUACUAUCACGAUGCUCGAAGUAAACAAUGGGUGGUGUUUGUGCAGCCUGGCUGGCUCUGCUAUGACCCCAUAACUUGUUUCGUCAGGAACAACAUGAACAAGAUGCUGACCACGUCAUGGCUCAUCCCAAACAACAAAACAGGUCACGGAGUGCUACGCACAGACCCAACUAACAGAUUGUUCUGGAAGUACAACAUGGUGGACAUCAAUUACUGUUCCAGCGACCUCUUCCUCGGAAACACAUCCGGCAGGUCAGAAGUCGGAGUCUACUUCAGAGGAAAGGAGAUCCUCUUCUCCGUUCUGCAGGACCUCAUCUCAUACCACCGUAUGCAGCCGCAUCAUACAAUACACUUCGUCGGAUCCAGCGCUGGAGGAAUCGGGAUCCUCGUCAACAUGCAAGAGAUCUUGCAGUUCCUCCACGACUGGGGAUUUGGCAACAUGCAGACUCGAGUGAUUCUCGAUGAUGCCUGGUUCACGGAAGAGUUCGCAAAUGACUUCCCAUGUUUUGAAGAGUCUCCUCCGAUGCCAUGUAUAACUAAUGAUACUCUAACACAAGCGUUCCAAGUUUGGAAUGUCAAUGUUCAAUCAGCAUGUGGCGAGUCCUACGAAAAGAACGCAUCAUGGAACUGCAUCUUUGGAACAAAUGCUUUGCGAGGUCUGAACAACGUGCCACUGUUUGUGAUUCAGAACCAGUACGACAACUAUCAGCUCAUAAUGUCGAAACUGUUACCUUUUCCCAGCACUGAAACUUCCGAUGGAAUCUUAAAAAGAAUGGACGCCAUUUUGGAAAUUGGAAAAAAAGUCCGCACUGAAAUUAGUUCCUUGGAUCCGGAUACCUCCGGGUUCUUCUCUAUGGGAUGUUUGAAUCACCACACUCUGAAAGGAGACUACGUAAAUUUCCCCGUUCAAGUCCAAUCCCAAACACUCACCGCCACUCUGAACUGCUGGCUGCAAAAUGAGCAUGCAGUGCGGAGUGUUGAUCAAGUUCUUAACGGCAACAUGAACAACCCUGGAUUGGAUGCAGGAAGAGGCGGGAAGUCAUCGCAAGGGGGAAGCUGCAGUUUCAGAGUAGGAGACGAGUGCAAGUAUCCACAGUGCAACCCGAACUGCAUGUCGCUCAGUGGGUCAGUGGCGAUGAUAGAAGAUGAGCGAAUAACAGUAUGGACUCCAGAAGCCUUUCUAAACUUCAGUCCUAAAGUAGCGACAGAAUUGGGGAUUUUUUCCACCGACAGACCCAACAUGGAGAGGUUAAGCUUGCUAGCUCGCAAGCAACACAGCACAGAUUGAAACUUUGCGUCAUUUUGAUAGUAAUUUUGAAUUGCGCUAAAUUUAAUAAUGUUUCAUAAAAGAAGAUAGUUUUCUAUUUGUUUUUAAAUGUCAGAAAUUUCGACUCGAAAUCAUCCGAAGUCUACGGGUGUUGUUACCGUAGCAGCCAAAGCGUUUAUUAUGCAUAUACGAAC